AUGGCGGCGGUACCCCCAGACUCCUGGCAGCCGCCCAACGUAUACUUGGAGACCAGCAUGGGGAUCAUUGUGCUGGAACUAUACUGGAAGCAUGCUCCCAAGACAUGUAAGAACUUUGCUGAGCUGGCUCGUCGAGGUUAUUACAAUGGUACCAAAUUCCACAGGAUCAUCAAAGACUUCAUGAUCCAGGGAGGUGACCCGACAGGAACAGGUCGAGGUGGUGCGUCUAUCUAUGGCAAGCAGUUUGAAGAUGAACUUCAUCCAGACUUAAAAUUCACAGGGGCUGGAAUUCUCGCAAUGGCCAAUGCAGGGCCAGACACCAAUGGCAGCCAGUUCUUUGUGACGCUGGCUCCCACCCAGUGGCUUGACGGCAAACACACCAUUUUUGGCCGGGUGUGCCAGGGCAUAGGAAUGGUGAAUCGAGUGGGAAUGGUGGAAACAAACUCUCAGGACCGCCCUGUAGACGAUGUGAAGAUCAUUAAGGCAUACCCUUCUGGGUAG